GACGACUUCAACGUUCGUGUAACAGAUAUGGGAAAGUUGCCAGUCUUCAUUACUCUGACAGGGAAAGGGGGCGGGUUAAGUCAACAGCUGAACUUCAAAUCCAUCAGUCACCAUAUAAGAAAAUUCAUAUCAGAUACAGCAGUUCAUGUGCCUCUGAACAUAGCUAUUGACUUUAUCACCACUCAGAAUCAACGAGAAAUUGCUGCUUUUGGCCAUCAGCCUGACCCGUUGAAGUCAACGCUGGGAUUUCGAAACGGACUAUGUCUACCUCCCGAAGACCUGGCUCUCGUUGUGGGUUCCCUUGGUGGAGGAGAUGAACCAAUUGAGGGGCCAAGCUCAACUUGGGUCGAUACUGCGAUUCAUACUGGAUGGCCUAGAGUCAACGCCUUCGACGCUGCGAGUGUCUAUCAGCAUGAAGAAACACGCGAGCGAUGGGCGAUGCUUCGAGAAGUCGCUGGUGUCAGUCUUGACUUUGCCAGGAUUUAUCGCCGAAACAGCAUAUGA